AUGGGAAGAGCACCAUGUUGUGAGAAAAUGGGGGUAAAGAGAGGACCAUGGACUCCAGAAGAAGAUCAAAUCUUGAUCAACUAUAUUCAUCUCUAUGGUCAUUCUAACUGGCGAGCGCUUCCCAAACACGCAGGUUUACUUAGAUGUGGGAAAAGUUGCAGACUACGUUGGAUCAAUUAUCUGAGACCAGACAUCAAACGUGGUAAUUUCACUUCUCAAGAAGAACAAACUAUCAUCAAUCUACAUGAGGUCUUGGGCAACAGAUGGUCUGCGAUUGCUGCAAAGUUGCCAGGACGAACCGACAAUGAAAUAAAAAAUGUUUGGCACACUCAUUUGAAGAAAAGACUAAUCAAAAAUAAAAACAAUGGCGGAGUCACCAAAGAAAUUAACAGAACUAACGAGACCACACGUGAAGACAAAGAAUCUGUGAUUAUCGAGACAACCUCUACGCAACAGUUAACAACACCUGAGAUUUCAAAUAAUAACAAGGCGGACGAUCUGAUGUCGUACAAGGAUAUCUCUGCAUUGGUUGAUGAGAGUUUUUGGACGGACGUCGUAUCGGUAGGUAAUAAGAAUGAUAUAGAGAAAAUGAUAGAGGACUGGGAGGGAAUGCUAGAUAGGAAUAGUAAAAUAUAUAGUUAUAAUAACUCGAAGUUGUAUAAUGAUGAUAUGGAGUCUUGGUUUGAGCUUUUCACUAGUAAUCGUGGGGUUGAGGAAUUUUACGACACACCCGAGUUCUGAUUUUAACUUUUUGUUGUUUGUGUCGUUAAGACUUGGAAGAGUCUUUUUGUAAACCAAAUGAAUAUUUCCUCUAUACCCGUCUUUGAGUUAUAU